GCCUCUGUAUGUCUCGUGGCUACGCGUUCGAAACAGAUGGUCACGUGAUCUCGGAAAUCGUCAGGCGCGCCUUCUCGACCACACUCUACCCUUGACGGUUGCAGCGUUCGCCGCUAAGGGCGCCACCGUCGCGCCCGGCCAGACGGCACGCGUGCCGCUCCAAGUGGGUCGCGCAUGCGCCGUCUUUAUCGGCGAAACACCGUCGCGUACGUCCCGAUGGGUUAUGUUGUAAGCGAUUACGCGACUGAUCCGCCGCCGGCGAUGACUUUUUAUCAACGCGAAACGCGCCGUUAUCAACCUUGGACCUGGGGAACUGCGGUGGCGCGUCGCCACCGCGUCGUCGUCAGAGAGCAGCACGGCCGCGACGAACUAUUUUAGAUUUUCGUGGUCCGUCGGCGAGCGGGGCCGCCGCCGUCGUCACACCUCGCCCGAUUUUUCCGCGAGUGCAGUGCGUACCGUGUGCGAGAACGCCGUUCCCGUUUCGUUUUUUUCUGUUUUUUUUUUCGAUUCCGUGCGUUCGAGGGUCGCCGUCGCGGCCUCCUCGAUCCCCAAAGCCGUCAAAAUUCCCCGCUCAAUUUGUAAUUUUAGUGACAGUGAUAGUGAGAUGAGCUACAAGGACCGCGGCUCGCCGAUCCUCCUCGAGAGCGGUCUCAAGUCGUUCCUCGGACACCCGGGACACAGUUUUCCGCUGAUCAACGGAAACAGCAAACCGAACCAUCCUCACGGCCACUCGACGAUCAAAGACCUGGCCAGCAGUUUGCUGGGCGACGACAAGAACAAAGAUGACGGCGAGCUGUGGAGCAACGUCGAAGCACAAACCGCCUUCCUGGGCCCAAACUUAUGGGACAAGACCUACGAAACGGACCUCAAGUAUGUCGACUUAGAUGAGUUCCUAUCGGAAAACGGGGUAUCCAUGGACGGUCUCGGGUCCCACGGUGCCAUCGGUCCCGUAAACGGAACCCAUCCCCUCCCGAAACGGGAACGAUCUCCAAGUCCCAGCGACUGCAUGAGUCCGGACACCAUUAACCCCCCAUCGCCCGCCGAUUCGAUUUUUUCUGAAGCGUUAUCGAUGGCUUCGAGUUGUCGAGACUUCGAUCCACGGACAAGAGCAUUUUCAGAUGAGGAACUCAAACCGCAACCGAUCAUCAAGAAGUCGCGGAAGCAGUUCGUGCCCGACGACCUCAAAGACGACAAAUAUUGGGCCCGACGCAGGAAGAACAACCUCGCGGCCAAGAGAUCGAGGGACGCGCGACGAAUGAAAGAAAACCAGAUCGCGCUGAGGGCGGGCUACCUCGAAAAGGAGAACGUGGGACUCCGUCAAGAAUUGGAACGACUGAAAAAAGAAAACCUCGUGUUGCAGAACAAACUGGCAAAGUACGAAGACGUUUAAGUUUUACGCGACGGGACAACGUUUCGUAAUUCAAGGCGGUCAUCGUCAGGUCGCGUAAGACGAAAACAAAGCGAAUCGAGGGCGUGUUCCUUCGCGUAAAAUUGAAAACGCGACAUUUGUAUAUAAACCAUGCGCAUUCUGUAGUCAUCAUUUCGUAGUGUUAAUUUUAAUACGACAUUCAGUAGGAAAACAAUAGUUUUGCGUACCUUCGUGAUUUUUUUUUUUUGUUAUUUUCGCCCGGAAAUGGGUUUCGGCAUCCCUGUCGGCCUUUUAUAUUACGGGGUGGAUGGUUUUUCAAUUACCACGAAGGGUUUUACGACACGGCGAUUAAACUUACGGUGGAGUUGCCUACAUUGUUUGUUUGUAAUUGAUAUUUACUUGUUUCGAGUUCAACUUAGGCAAAACGGUUUUUUAAAUCGAACCAUGCGGUAAAACACAAUAAGAGCCUCUCAAAAUGUGAAAAAAGUUUAUAUAAUUAAAAUUUAAUACCUCGAAAAUUUCAGCAUAAAGAGUUUUGCUGUCGAGUCUUCUAAUGUGUCCUCUGAACCCCUUUUAAUGGAUAAAGAAGUCCCAACUUUCCUCUGCGGCCGGUGUUUCUUUACUUUACGUGUACUUUUAAUAUAUUGAGCUCUUACUCCGGAUGUGGAUUGCAAAUUUAGAGAUCUUCUUUAUGUUGAUUAUUCUGAACUUCAACUGGACCAACAAAUGGUCUUCAGACUUUGUGCAUGGUUAUUGGUUCUUCUACAUCAAGAGGCUGCAGACUGGCGAACUUCAAAUUUUUACUAUCAGCAGUAUGACCAUCUAGUAACAAGAAUAAUGUAACCAGUGCGGGAAAUUUCAGUAAGGCUACCUCUUUUAAGUUCCUUCUCACAUACAGCCCAGUUAUUGUAGUAUUGACACCCCUUUCUCCGCUCUGAAUUCCACAAACUUGACGUUUGAGACAACCUGCUUCAUUUUUUAUUUUUGUAUUAUAUUUGUCUAUUAGACGUUCCAAAAUAUCAACAAACUGCCAUGAUGAGGUUGAUUCUGGUUAACAAUCUGACAGAACCACUUCUUUCCAGCAUGGGAGGCGAUUUUUACUUCCAGGUUCACAAUAGGCAACUUAGGCAAUGUAUAUUUCAUUCAUAGAAACGGUUUUAAGCCUAAACUUGCAAGAGAUGUUCAUAAAACCAUGAUUUAAAUGCAGAGAGCUACUUACCGCUGCCAGGCUUCUAAAUACACCCUCAGGGGUAUGAAAAAUUAGCAUUACCAAAAUUCCAGUCAGGUGUUAUACUAGCCAGGUUUCAUGAGUAAUUUAAUUUAUUAGCGAGCUCAAUAUAUACGUCAAUGUAUCUCGGUAAAUAGAGUCUAAAAAUUUAUUUAUCUAAUCACUUUCGUUUUUGAAAUUCCAUAAAUUUGAUCGUUUUGUUAAGGUGUAGGGGGCGCUGUGAUCGGGGCAUUUUAUGCCGCAGUUAUGCAGUUAAAAAGAAUUUUCGUACUUUGACUUUUAUUUUCGGCGUUUCUUUAACAGUAUGAACUUCUUCCUCUUGGUGUUCUCUUAGUUACGCUUUCCACCGAUCCAUCCAUCAAUCCAUCAAUCUUGCAACUCCUUUCGAAGCUUCACUGCAUCUAUCAUAUUAAGGGACAAUUUUUCUUCGGACUUUAGUAGACUUUGGGAGAUUUGGGGAUGUGCAACGCGGUUAUCUAAGGGAAGUAAUUUAAUUCCUGCAUCCCAUUUUCGUACCUGUGACCGACAAACGCUUGAUAUUCUUAAACUAUCAUGGGUUAGUUUCCAAUCACGACUACCAUUCUUUUUUCUCUUCUCAUCUAGGCAGCUACCAACACUGUUAUAUACAUGCUUUAGAAAGUUUCUAUCUAGCGUCAGCCAGUUUUGGCCAAGUUUUCUCCAUCCCUUCCGGAGCGUCGUAAUGAUAUUUCGCUUUUGUUUCCUCCCUAUCUAGAGAUCUAGAGAUAAAAGAAGGUAAGAGAUCCUACUACUUUGUUACCUGAUGUGCCCUUUUUUCUUUCGGCAUAAAGAGCGGGAAUUUCGUUGAACCUAGUGGAUUAAUACAUAGCUUUGUACGGAGAUCUAAUAGGAUAACAAAUUUUUAUCGUAAUACAGAGUUUUACUUUAUACGCUGUGUUUUAUAUUUUCAUUGUCACAAUCACUUUUGCUUAUGAAUAUCGUAAAUAAUACGACGAGAUUAUUUCCUUUUGUGUUUUACAAAAUGUACGCUGUGUCGUCAAACCUCCGGAUUCCGGAGUUUUCAACCAACCAAGACCAGUUUGAGUCACGCGCACAAUUAACAAUGACGGCGACUACACUUCAACGCCCAAUUACGGGUUUCAUCUGUCGGGCGCCUCCCACCCCGUAGUUUCUAAUUCGGCAGCUGGCGCUCUGUUACUCGGCGGGGCGUGGUUUCGGUCAAGCCUGGUGGGGGAGGAGGCGGGCCCACGGCCGCGUCCGAUUGGCCGGGGCGUUGCUACGCAACCACAUCGGUCGGAGGGAAACACGCCCCCGCCUCUUAGUAUAGUACUUGUUGAUUGUUUUUAUGUUUAUAUAGUUUAUUUUUCCGGUUGGAGUUAAGUUAGCGUAGUAUCUUAAGAAAGAAUGUUAGUAAAUUUCGUAGCGCGCUCACAUGAUUACGGUAUCGAGAGAGAGAGAGAGAGAGAGCGAGAGAGAGAGGGUGAGAGUUGUUUAAUUUUUUGCAUCGCGCACUAGUUACGGCAUUUUCGCACGAUGCCACACUGCCAAGACUCGUUUGUACUUGUUCGUGUGACGUACGAACGUUACCGCGUCACGAAGAGCCUCCGUUUGGGCACGCCUUAUCGCAAAUAAAAAAAUAAAUAAAUUUUUAUAUUUGUUGGACGAGAAACCUAAUAAUGUUGUAAUAUAUUGUAAUAUUUUUCGCGCGUUUCGCGUUGGUUAAUUAUUACGAACAUUGUACAAUGAAAUUCGUCGACUACGACGAUGUUUUACGUAUGUUUAACACCGAGGCCUACGGUACGAUAAUAGUUGCGCUUUUCGUGCUAGGUUUUCAGUUCGUGGUAGGAAAAUACAAACAAAAACCAAUAAAAGGGCAAACAUACUGUAACCGCUAUUGUGAGCAUUAAAUGA